AACCAUUCUAGUCGCGCGCGCGUGCGCAACCGCUCGGCAUACAUCGCGAUGCGCCCGCGUUCCGAUUUCAAAUAGUUCGACAGUUUCAUUUCUUUUUCUUCUAAAAGUGAAAUAGAAACUGCUUUUAAAUUUUAAAUUGUGCCAGUGACAGUGAAAAGCUUUGGACUUUUUCAAGAUGGCGACGGUAAUGCAGAAAAUUAUCUUCGCUGUCCUAGUCCUCCAGUGGGCCUCGGCGGCGCCGAGUGACGUCAAACUAGAAGACAUUGCUGAGGUUAGACAAGUGGAAGACAAAUCUGACGUCGCCCCAGCCACUUUACUGGAAGAAAACUCCGACGAUGAGGCAUCGCAGGGCCAACGACGAAAGAGGUGGUACAACUAUUACGGGUUUCCUCCAUUCAAUCCGAUCGGGUUUAGCAGGGACGAUUCAUUAGGCCCCAGCAUUUUCGGAGCACAAGACCCAUUAGUACACAUACACAGACGGCUUCAAGAAAUCAACAACAUUGCCAGGCAACCUCCGAUCCCUCAGUUCCCACCGCCACUGCCACAAUUCCCAGCAUUUGUCCCAAUCAUUUACAUUCCACAAGUGGGUUGUGGUUGCACACCAGAUAACACACCACAGAACCCUUCCACUGACAGGCCCACACCGCCUCAGGGCAACCAGAACACAACUGAUAAUCCUGGCGUUUCUAACAGGUGGCCCGAAAUGGAUGAUGAGCGGCAGAACUGGGGGAUCGUAAUGAACGGAACAGAGCCUGUUGAGGAGCCGGUAGAAGAUGUUGGUGAUGGUAGCAGACCGAUUUCGUUUGAUCCUAUUACGCCUAUUAGACCCAUGAAUCGACCUGCACCGCCGGUGGAACAUGGCAGCAGUCAAGCAGGAGACGCGAAUGGUGGGACGACUACAACUACUACUGCAAGACCAUCAGCAGCGGCUCCCGGUGGAUUUGCCGGUAGUCCCGGUCUUGCCCCCCCUUCAGCUUGUGAUGGCGCCAUAUUAAGCUGUUGUCACCAAGCGCAAGUGACAUACGACUGUUUCGCACUCCAAGGUUGUCCCGACCCGUCCUCCUACGGGAACCCUUGCGACCCUGGAGUAAUUUUCAGGGUCAUUGAGAGGUUCCAAAGGUUUUACGGUCAGCGAAAUGGAUGAAUUGUAAAUGAGUAGUUUUUUCGAAGUUCAUCUGUGAUUUUUUUAAACAGUGUUUAUUUUAAAAUAGUAUUACGAAUCAAAAUAUCCUGCCAGAGUAAAAAAUCACCAUUACGAAAAGUUACUACAAAAAAUUUCAGCUAAUCAAAAUACUUACCUGUAAUACCUACAUAUGAAUAAGUAAGAUAAAGUUUUAGAAAAGUGAUCUUUUGAAAUAUGCAGUAACUUGAUGUUUCUUUUGCCUGGCAUUAUGAAAAUUCGCUCUUCUGAAGUGAAAUUAUUUCACUAACAAUCAAUUUGAAAUAUUUAUGAGAACAAAAAAAUAGGUAGUCAUGUACCUAAUAAAAUGAUAAAAAUGCUAUUUUUAUGUUUCGGCUAUCUCUACCAUGAAUCGAAUAUUAUUUCAGUAAAAUUAAAAUGGUAUGUAUUUCAAUAAAAUAUGGAGUUAGUAGAAGAAUCAGUUUUCAUAGCUAAAAUGAUAAGUGCAGUUCCUACAAUGUAGUUCGUAAGGAAUACUAUGUUUCUUCAACUGAAUCGUACAAAUUUUGCUAGAAUUCUCUUUAAAAUUAUCAAUGGUGGACUUGUAGUGAUCUUUACUAUUAAGUAUUAGCAAGAAAUAAAUGCAGAUAAUUUUAGGUAUUACUUUUUCUAAACCAGAAAAAGCCUCGAUAGCUUUUGGAUUUUUGAAAUUAAAAACAAAAGUUAUUUAAAUGUAAAGAGCUUUUUUUAUUUUAAGAAACCAUGCUAAGUUAGCCUAGAUUAUAAUUUUCUACAGAUAUGUUCCUAGUAAUGUGUACUAGUUUGUGUGAUUCAUCAAUUUCGACGCAAUUUGGUCCAAUUUAACCCUACAAAGACACAAGUUUGCGCGUUCACCGCCAAAAAGUUGCCGUUUGUCGUAUCCCGCUGUUUCGAGAGCACUCCCCUAACUGCCUCAGCCAAUAUCGGAAUCCUUGGUGUCGACAUAUCGAGCGAAGUCCAGUUCCGUGGUCAUUUAGAGGGUAAGGCUAAAUUAGCCUCGAAGAAGCUUGGUGUGCUCAAUAGAUCGAGACGGUAUUUCACUCCAGCCCAUCGUCUGCAACUUUACAAGGCGCAGGUUCGGCCUCAUAUGGAAUACUGUUCUCAUCUUUGGGCAGGUGCGCCCCAGUACCAGCUUCUCCCUCUGGACCGCAUUGAACGGAGAGCAGCUCGAAUCGUUGACUGCCAGGACAUUUCGGAUCGGCUUGACCCCUUGGCGCUGCGUAGAGAUGUAUCCUCACUGUGCAUAUUCUAUCGCAUGUAUCACGGGGAGUGCUCCGAAGAAUUAUCCGGACUUAUUCCUGCCGCCACUUUUCGCCACCGAUCUACCCGACAGCACUUCCACCCCCAUCACUUAGAUGGUUGGCAGUCCACAACAGUACGUUUCUCUAGAAACUUUCUGCCCCGUACAACCAAACUGUGGAAUGGACUGUCGUCUGCGGUGUUUCCGGACGGAUACGACCUGCAAGCUUUCAAGAGGAGAGCGUAUCUUUACCUUAAAGGCCGGCAACGCACCUGUAACGCCCCUGGGUCUGCGGGUGUCUAUGGGCGACGGUAAUCACUUACCAUCAGGUGAUCCGUUUGCUCGUUUGCCUCCUAUCACAUAAAAAAAAAAAAAAAAAAAAUCAAUCCAUUUAAUUAAACACUCCAUACGAAGCCUGUGUUGUCGUAAUUACUUUAUAUUUAAAUCAAUAAAAUUGUGCUACUGCUUAUGCCAUAUUUUGUACAAAUAAAUUAUUAUAUUAUUUAUCAUGCUUACGCCGAUUUAUGAAUAAUUUAGUCCAAUCCGAAUACUUUUGUUUAAAAGCUAAUUGGAAAUUUUUUGUAUGUAAAAUUAUUAACACAGUCAUCAACGUAUUUUUUUAAAUGUACGAAACGAUUGGUCAUUAUACUAUUUUAGGGUAAUAAUAACCGUCAAUGCAGAAAAUACAUCAUCACAGGCAUAAUAAAUUAUGUUCUAUGAUAAAUGUAUUACAUUAUAUAAAUUUUACUAAUGUAAGAUAAUAUUUUUUAUUCAAUAUUUAUUAAUAAAUCGAAUACUGUAUUGUGAA